UCGAAUCACUAAACCCAAAUAAAUAAACAACUAACGAAGGCAAAUGCUUUUCUUCUUUCUCACAAUCGCAGUCUUUAAACAAACACAAAAUGGCUAAUAACCCAAACGAUUGGUCUCCGUUCUACAACAACAACCAAACUUUCUUCACAACUUCCACCACCAUUUCAACCGCCGUCACUACCACCACAACUGCUUCUCCCUCGGGUGAAGCCACCUCAAUGGGCUCUCGGCUGAGUCCUGAAACCGGUCGUGUAACCAAACCGGCACGUAAAAGAUCAAGAGCCUCACGUAGAACACCAACAACACUUCUCAACACCGACACAUCCAACUUCCGUGCCAUGGUUCAGCAGUACACGGGCGGUCCAUCCGCUAUGGCUUUCGGGUCAGGUAAUACUACUUCGGGUUUUAGCCUCACGGCUUCGUCGUCGGAUCCAUCCGCCGGAUCUUCCCAACAAGUUCCUUGGCAAUAUAAUUACCAGCCCCACGCGGCACAUCCACCGCAGCGGCCUUAUAUGUUCUCGUUGAGUAACGUCAAUCCUGUUGUUGGUUAUAGUAACAUGAACAACCCUAAUUACACGGCUGUUCCCGGUGUGUUUGGGACGGCGGACGGUGGAGCAGGAGGUUCUGCCCCGUCGUCUAAGGAAGCGACGAAUAGUAAUACGUCUUCUUCGAGGCUGCAAUGAGAAAACGAUUGGAUUCUUUUUGAUUUUCUUUUUCUCUCUUUUUCGCAUAAUGGCAGAAAUGUUAGGUUACUGACUCUCUUUGUCAAAGAAUGAAAACUUUGACUUUGUAUAUUAUUUUUUCGUUUUCAUAUUUAAGCAAUUUGUUUUAGGCUUUUAAGCAUAAGUUUAUGGCGUUA